AUGGGCGACUCUGGCGAGCCCAACGGCGACCAGCCAGUCUACGAGUUUGAGCCUGCAGGUUGGAUAGAUCUUACAGACGCCUGCCAUCACUAUGAGGGCAAACACGAGGUGCCGUGGGAUAUCCAAAAAUAUUUUGCACAACGUUAUUCCAUAUUUUCCUACUACGAUGAUGGUAUCUGUAUGACUGACGACGCUUGGUUCGGUGUCACACCGGAACCAAUUGCAAACAAAAUCGCUGCGGAGAUGAAAUCGUCUCCCAAGAAGAAGAAAUUCUUGAUAGAUCUCUUCUGCGGCGCAGGCGGCAACACCAUUGCGUUUGCGCAGACAGAGAGAUGGGAUCGAAUUAUAUCCAUUGAGCGCGACGCAGCCACUCUUGCAUGUGCGCAGAAUAACGUCAGCGUCUACGGGAUCGACGACAGCUACGUUACCUGGGUGCACGGCGAUAGCUUCGCGUUCUUGAAGACGCUUUUCAGCAACCCAUCGGCGCUGCAUCCUGAUCUUCGGAUCGAUCUUGACGCAACGGUUUUAUUUGCCAGCCCUCCUUGGGGUGGACCUGGGUACUCGACAGACCAGGUCUUUAACCUGGACAACAUGCAGCCGUACAGCAUAACGGACAUGCAUGAGGCGUAUAGGCCUCUCGACCACGUCCUUUUUCUGCCGCGCACGAGUGAUCUGAGACAGCUGGCGCGGCUCGCCCCCAAGGAUAAAAAGAUUGACAUUGUUCAAAUGUGUCUAGAAGGCGCAAUUAGCUCAUUGCCCCCCCACAAGCCCUCUCAUCGUAAAGACGGAUCGUUGAAAUCUUCAACAUCACCCACAAGCUACGCAUCCAUAAAGAAUCCGGCUCCAGGCAGUGACAACACCGCCAAAAUGGGUGCCAAGGACAAGAAGAAGAAUAGCGAAGGCAAAAAGGCCAAAAAGGCUGAGAAGCAGGCCAAGCAGGCCAGCAAAGGUGAGAAGAAAGCCAAAAGCAAGCAGGCCAAAAUCGAAGGCAGCGACGCCGAGGAUGUCGAUCUGGACGAGGUGCUUGAGGAGUACCGCCGGGCGCAGGAGCAGUUUCUCAAAAUCACCGAGACGGUGUGCGAGGGGCCCCCGCGACCCCGCGCCGCCUCGACGCUCCUCGCCUCGCCGACAGACACAAACAACCUGCUGCUAUUUGGCGGCGAGUACUUUAACGGCUCGCUGGCGCACUUUUUCAACGAUUUGCACAUUUACAACAUUGCGCGCGAUGAGUGGCGCUGCGUGACGUCGCCCAACGCGCCGCUGCCGCGUUCCGGUCACGCCUGGACGCGGGCGUCCAACCCCAACCACGUCUACCUCUUUGGCGGCGAGUUCUCCUCGCCCAAGCAGGGCACGUUUCACCAUUAUGCGGACUUUUGGCGCCUGGAGCCCGCCACGCGCGAGUGGACCAAGAUUGAGGUCAAGGGCAAGGACAAGAGCCCGCCCGCGCGCAGCGGCCACCGCAUGACCUACUGGAAGCACUACAUUAUCCUCUUUGGCGGCUUCCAGGACACGUCGAACCAGACAAAGUACCUCGCCGAUCUAUGGAUCUUUGACACGAUCAACUAUGUCUGGCAUAGCCCUGCGCUGCCGCCCGCGCAGCUCAAGCCCGACCCGCGAUCGUCUUUUACGCUGCUCCCCUCUGAGCAGGGCGCGGUCCUCUUUGGCGGCUAUUCGCGUGUCAAGGCCACAGUGGCAUUGAAGAAGAAAGCGGGCAAGGGAAACCAGGGCGCGAGCAGCACAGGCCAGAAGAACGUUCUCGUCCCAAAGGUGCACGAGGACUGCUUCUACCUGCGCAUGACGGUGCCGGCCGCCGACGCGAGUCCCAACACGCCGCCGACGGUGCGGUGGGAGAAGCGCAAGAAGCCCGGAAACACGCCGAGCCCCUCGCGCGCGGGUGCCACCAUGACCUACCACAAGGGCCGCGGCAUUCUGUUUGGCGGCGUGCACGAUGUUGAGGCGAGCGAGGAUGGCAUGGACUCGGAGUUUUUCAACCAGCUGUUUGCGUGGAACGUUGAGCGCAACCGCUUCAUGCCGCUCGUGCUGCGCAAGCCCCGGCACCAAAAGGCCCGCCCAGCGGAGCAGCGCGUGAACCGGCGCGGGCGUGGCCAGGCCAAUGAGGAGGAGCUGCUCCGGCAGCUGGCGGCGCUGGAGACGGGCGCGUCGCUCGAGGAUGUCGAUGGCAUCGAGCUGGAGAAGGAGGAGGAGCCGGAGGAACAGGCCUCGGUCAAGGAGAUGCCCGUGACGAUGGAGCCGCCUCAUGUGCGCUUCAACGCGCAGCUGACGGUGCAAAACGACGUGCUGUACAUUUACGGCGGCACGUUUGAAAAGGCGGACCGCGAGUUUACGUUUGACGACUUGUACGCGAUUGAUUUGGUGAAGCUGGACGGUUGCAAGGAAAUCUUUACCAGACCUGUCGAGGACUGGGUUGUAAGUGCACUGCGCGGCGGUGAGAUUGGACUGCGUUUUGGACUAAUCAAGUCUGUGCAGGAAUCUGACGACGAAGACGACGAGGAUGAUGAGUACGACGAUGAAGAAGACGAAGAAGAUGAAGAUGACGAAGACGAAGACGAAGAGCCUCAACAGCAGCUCCACACGCCCAGCAAGCGUGGCAAGAAGAAGGAAGACGAUGUUGUGUCAGAGACUACGACCGCACCGUCCGAGAACACGGAGGAAGACGACGCCGAGACGUCGGCAACCUCUGUGGACGACGGUCUACCUCACCCAAGACCUUUUGAGUCGCGCCGCGAAUUCUUUGUCCGCACAUCGGCCGAGUGGCAGGAGAUUCUCAUGACAAACCUGCGGUGGAAGAAUAUCCAGCCCGAGACCAUGGCCGUCAAGGAGAUCAAGGCCAAGGCGUUUGAGCUGAGCGAGGAGAAGUGGUGGGACUGCCGCGAGGAGAUUACGGCGCUCGAGGAGGAGCAGGAGGCGGCGGGCAUCCAGGAAGUGGUCAGCCUGGCGGAACGUGGUGAUGCGGGUGCGGCUGGUGGUGGUCGCAGGAGAUGA